GAAAAGGAGGAGGAGGAGUGUGGCGGGAAGGGGUGGCUGGCCAGGGAGGGAGCCAAGAGUAGGAGUAUUAGGUUGUGGUGGUGGUGGAGAAAAGAGGGAACCCUAACGACCGAAAAAAAAUCAGAGAAAAACCAGGAGAAAAACGCACACACACACACACACACACACACACACACGCACACGCGCGCGCACACACACAGACACAUCCCCACCAAACUGUGGAGCUGUGGAGUGCCGCCUGCUUCCCGGGAGAGGACUCGCGAGCGCCAGGGGGUGGGGGACGGAGAGCUGGAGGCUGCCGGAGAGUGGGGAGCAGCCCUAGCAGGGAUGGACAUCAUGAUGCUGGUGCAGGGCGCUUGCUGCUCGAACCAGUGGCUGGCCGCGGUGCUGCUGAGCCUCUGCUGUCUGCUGCCUUCCUGCCUCCCGGCUGGACAGAGUAUGGACUUGCCUUGGCCGGCAGUGGACAACCUGAUGGUCAGAAAGGGGGACACGGCGGUGCUUAGGUGUUAUUUGGAAGAUGGAGCUUCAAAGGGUGCCUGGCUGAACCGGUCAAGUAUUAUUUUUGCGGGAGGUGAUAAGUGGUCGGUGGAUCCUCGAGUUUCAAUUUCCACAUUAAAUAAAAGGGACUACAGCCUCCAGAUACAGAAUGUCGAUGUGACAGAUGAUGGGCCAUACACGUGUUCUGUGCAGACUCAACACACGCCUCGAACAAUGCAGGUGCACUUAACGGUACAAGUUCCUCCGAAGAUAUAUGACAUCUCAACUGACAUGACUGUCAAUGAAGGAACCAAUGUCACCCUUACUUGCCUGGCAACUGGGAAACCAGAGCCUUCCAUUUCUUGGAGACAUAUCUCCCCAUCAGCAAAACCAUUUGAGAGCGGGCAAUAUUUGGACAUCUACGGCAUCACGAGGGACCAGGCCGGGGAAUACGAGUGUGGGGCGCAGAAUGACGUGUCCUUCCCAGAUGUGAAAAAAGUUAAAAUUGUCGUGAACUUUGCUCCCACAAUCCAGGAAAUCAAAUCCGGCACAGUGGCCCCUGGACGCAGCGGAUUGAUAAGGUGUGAAGGUGCUGGUGUGCCACCUCCAGCCUUCGAGUGGUACAAAGGAGAGAAGAAGCUCUUCAAUGGUCAACAAGGAAUCAUCAUUCAAAACUUUAGCACAAGAUCCAUCCUCACCGUCACCAACGUCACACAGGAGCACUUUGGGAACUACACGUGUGUGGCUGCGAAUAAGCUGGGCACGACCAAUGCUAGCUUGCCUCUUAACCCUCCAAGUACAGCCCAGUAUGGAAUCACCGGAAGCGCUGAAGUCGUGUUCUCCUGCUGGUCCCUGGUCUUGUCACUGCCCUCUCUCACCAGCAUACUCUACCUGAAGGACAUCAUUCUACAAUAAACGUCCAGAUCCAUAAAAGGCUUUUAAGGAUUCUCUGAAAGUGCUGAUGACUGGAUCCAAUCUGGUACCGUUAGUUCAGAGCAGCGUGGGAUGUAAUCAGCAGUGCUUACAUGGGGAAUGAUCGCCUUCUGUAGAAUUGCUCAUUAUGUAAAUACUUUAAUUCGACUCCUUUUUUGAUUAGCUGCAUUACCGUGCACAUUGUCCUUUUUUUAAGACGUGCGAGCUCUGAAAUUACUUUUAGAGGAUAUUAAUUGUGAUUUCAUGUUUGUAAGCGACAACUUUUCAAAAGCAUUCAGUCAUGGUCUGCUAGCUUGCAGACCGUAGUUUACAAAAAACAAAAAACAACAAAAAAAAAAGAAUAUUGCAGUGAAUAUGGGAUUCUUUGAGGCUGCAAUACAAUCAUUUAGUUCCCUGUUUCAAAAUAAAAAAUUCUUCCCAUUUACACAGAUGCAUUUUUCCUUUUUUUUUCAGAAAAACAAAAGCAAAUACGAUUGCCUUCAGACCAUUUCUUCAAAAUAUAACAUAUCUAGAUUUUUCUGCUAGCAUGAUAUUCAGGUUUCAAGAAUGAGCCUUGUAAUAUAACUGCGCUAUGCAGUCCUGCUUUAUUUUUUUUCCUGUAAGUUCAGCAUGGGUGUGCCUUCACAAAAACAAAUAAAGAAAGAAAGAAAGACUUUUCCUCUCCAACAAAUUUGGAAUUUUGGGGUGAAUGCUAAAAUUGAAAAAAAAAGUCAGUUUGACCAUCCUUGAUCCCUACCUGAACGAAGAUGGUAUUGGCUUAUAUGUAUUUUUUUAAAAAAAAAUACCUCUUUCUCCAUCAUUAGGGGAAUAAAGGAACAGUUCAGAACUCUGCCCAAAGCUCAAAUGGGUGAUUUCCCCCUUUUUUCUGCUAGGACAGGACAGGUCAAGUGUAUUUAAAGUAAAUUUUCUGUUGAUGCAGUCAAGCUCUGUAUCGUCUCUGGAAAAAGAUAUUAACUCCCCCCCUUAAUAUUUUUAUUGCUUUUGUUUGGAAAAAUAAAACAGCACAAAUCUUUCAGGAGAUUUUUCGGGGCUGCGGGCCCUCUGGCCUCUCCCCCUUCCAAGUUGAAAUCAGUUCUAUGCUUCCUCAAAGAAUAUGGCAGUUCUUUUGUCCACUGCUCCCAAAUUGAUUCCGCUCAUGAACUUGGGUUUGUAUUGCAGCUGUUAAGUUAGUAUACCGUAGACAGUGCUUCUGUUGGCCAAAUGGGUUUGAAUCUGUGCCAUCUGAGAGCCCUUCUCAGGUGAGGUUCUAGGCUAUCUAUGUUUUUUAAAAGUGUGCUCCAAGAUUUGUGAUUCCAGUAACUCUACCUUGGUAUACAGUCGACAAUGGUGGCAGAAUAGAAUGUCUUUCCAUCCCUGGCCAGUCUCUGAAAGAGCUAAUUCUGGAGGGAAAUCUUCCUCUCUCGGAUGAAUCCUGCCUGGCCGAAUUAGCGUGCUUUAUUUCUUCUUACAUGAUGUGUGUAAGUUGGAGAUAAGCCACUAGUGAUGGGAGAUGAAGAAAAUGUUAAUUCUGUAAGUCAUUGUGGAUACUAAAUUUCUCUUUCUCUUGUAAAGAACCAAGGACCACAGUAGUGAAGACAAAUGCUGUUACCCUGAAACGUGCUACUCUCCAGUAAUAUUCCUGUGGUUUUACUGUUUAUUAAAGUAACACUAUGGCCUUGAA